AUGGUGGGCAAGUUUUGUAGAGCUUUUGAAGCAGCAACUCGUGAGAAAACCAGUGGGCAAAACGACACUGAUGUUCUCAAACAUGCCCACGAGAUCUUCUUCAACAACUACAAAAAGAAGUUCACAUUAGAACAUGCUUGGAAAGAGCUUAGACAUGACCAGAAGUGGUCUGAUCUUUCUUCUGCUUGCUCUCAAGGAGAUUCCAAAAGGAAGAAGUUAGAUAACGGCUCGCACUUAGCCCGCCCUUUGGCUGACGAUGGAGCGACUCGACCCCCUGAUGUUAAGGCUGCAAAAGCCCGUGGAAAGAAACAAGUCAGUGAUGGGAAAGACGUUGAUGAGUUUCAGAAAAUGUGGAGAAUCAAGCAAGAGGAUUUGGUUAUCAAGAAGAAGCUGUCGAAGAUGAAGCUUCUGGACAGGCUAAUGGCAAAACAAGAACCUCUAGAUGAUGGUGAAGAAGCUCUGAAGAAGAAUUCAAGUCUCGGUCUAGUUCUUGAUGCUUGCAUGACAGAUUGCAGCCUUGGACUGAAGCGAGUCACGGAUGCUUGGGUGACAGAGCGCAGCCUUGGACUGAAGCGACAAAGAGAUGUUUUGUAG